CAGUCCGGCGCUGACUCUGCCUUCGAACGGGUGGGUCUUCGUGGCUCACGUCCCCUCGCCCCUCCCCUCAUCUCCCCUCGGAGACGUGCUCUGUUUCCUGUCCCCUUCUCGCUGGGAUCUCAUGGUGCUCCAGCUGUGAAGUGUGAGCUCGUGUGUUCUGUGUGUGACGGUUGUGCGUUUCGUGGGCGGCAUAUGGGUGUGUGUCUCGUUUGUACGCGCCGGACAGUGAUUUAGAUUGCAUGUUGAUAUACCUACAUGGUCAUCAUACAAUGGAGUGAGGGAAAGAGAGAGGCUGUGACGAGAUAAAGAAACUAAACUAAAUAGGUAAAUAAUAUCACACUAACAAGAGAGCGAGAAAACGAGCGAUAACGCAAAUGAAGCGUUGUUCUAGCAAGUUCGAAUGAGGUGAUAACUUCGGAAAAAAAAAACCAGUUCAUAUUCUGCCGAACUCCUCCAAAAAAAAGAUAACAUUUAUCCUUACUUAUCAAGAUGGCAGUGAGGGUGGAGGAUACGACGGGGGACCUGAAUACGACCAUGUGACUACCUGUGAUACGACCUUUGCCAGGCUACUUGUUGAAUGGUGAACCCGCUGAGAGAUCAGAGCGUGUUACGUGGUGAGCUUGGCUGCCUCUCUGUUCUGGUUUGCUUUACGUUAUCUUCUGUGAGCGACGACCCUCGACUAGGAAGCUUUUGUUCUCUCACCUGACAGAUGAAGAAAUGGUAGGUCUAAUUAUCCAUUCAUAAGAAAUAGAAGUGUCGGGAAAACUUACCUGGGAGAUUCUGCGAUAAUCCCUAAAGGAAAACGAGAGAGAGGGAGAGGAAAGAGAGAGAGAGAAAUAAAAAAAGAAAAGAGGAAAUCCUGUAAAUCUGACGACACACUAAAAAAUAAACACAUGAAUUUCCCAGAUUAUACAAUCGCUCACCAAUGAUUCCGCCUGAUACCCUCGCGUUGCCGUAGCGACGAGGGAAAACAACCCUUUUUACCCCCCCCCCCCUCUGAAAAAAGGAAACAAAAAAAAGAAAAAAACAGGACAACGCAAUGUAAUUGGAUUUUGACUUGACAUCAGAGGAUCCCGAGGAAUCAAAUACGGCCUAAUCAGGUUGAUUUCCCCUUCGAAAUGAAGCCCGGCGUGCAGAGGCUGAAACCUAUGUGAUCGGGUCAAAUACACAAAACAAGGGCGCCUCAGGUGUAUACGAUCGAGUCCAGUACACAAGAGCGAGAAAAGUGUAUCUGAUCGAGCGACCGACACGGUUUUCCUUUAGUUCUGAUUAACCUACCUGGCGAUUUACCUGGCCUUCCGAUGAUGAAUUUCUUAUGAUAUCCAGUUGACUCACCGAUCUAAGAUUUUUGAAUUAUCUCCCACCAGAUAAUAGAUAUUGUGAUCAGAGCGGGUGAGAAAAUAUCUUUACACGAGCGAGAAUUCAAGUGUUUUUCGUAGGUGACAAUGAAAAAUUUAUCGUGUUUGACGCAAGUGAAAUGAUGUACGUAUUUCAGGCGGGGAAAAAACCGUUCAUUUCAAUCUUGAUUUCCUUCUAAAAGGCCCUAGAACUAGAAAAAAAACAAAACAAUACAGAAAACUACUUAAAAAAAAAAAGACUUUUGAAAAUGACGUAAGGUUCUCAAAAAUCUCACUGAGAGCCUUAUGCCAACAAGUCCUCUACACCUUGAUCAACUGCUAAGUGACUGCCUGAGUUGAACAGCAGCAACGUGCAGAUCACUCCCCCCCGAACACCAGCCUGAGCCCCCUCUCCACCAUGAACACCGCCGACACCAUAUCCGACCUGACCGACCUCGGCAGCGACUACCUUCAGGAGGUCAACGAGACCGCCGUGGAGGAGAGCAUUCUUGGGGAGGAGGUGGACGCCGAGGGAUACGACGUAGGGGUACCGAGGGGCCGCGGGGAUGGGGAAGAAGGCAAAUUCGGCAAGGGUUCCUACGUGUUCCCUCCCAAACCCCCACAGGACUUCCCCACGAAGCGUCGACGUAACCCGCCCCUCAAGGACACGUCGACACUGGGGUCGCUCGCCAUCACCGUGUCAUCCGGGUCGCAGGAGUCCAACGCCCCGCCCCUUCCCAGUCCGAAUCCCCUGCGCGGCUCCGGCAUCGUCUUAAGCGUCGACGAGCCCAAGCCGAGUUCUCCCGGAGUCACCUUUUCGGACACACCUUCCAUCCACACUGAAAGUACGAGAAAUGGUCGGGCAGGAGGCUUGGUGUCCUCGGUGAUGGACGCCAAGAGCAUCUGGGAGGCGAGAUACGUCCUGAAGGAGAGGAAGACGGUCAAAACCACGUUCCAAGGGCGGGUCUACAACUUCUUGGAGAGACCGACGGGCUGGAAGUGUUUCCUCUACCAUUUCUCUGUAUUUAUGGCUGUCCUGAUUUGCCUCAUCUUCAGUGUGCUGUCUACCAUUUCGCAGUAUGAAGACUUUGCAAACGGAACACUCUUUUGGAUGGAAAUAUGUUUAGUAGUGUUCUUCGGGGUGGAGUACGUGGUGAGGCUGUGGGCGGCAGGGUGCAGGUCCAAGUACAUGGGCUUUCUCGGAAGAAUACGGUUUAUUAGAAAACCAAUAUGUAUCAUAGAUCUGAUAGUGGUGGUAGCGUCGGUAGUUGUACUGUGCGUUGGAUCCAAUGGCCAAGUGUUCGCGACUUCGGCCAUUCGAGGCAUCAGAUUUCUGCAGAUCCUUCGCAUGUUGCAUGUGGACAGACAAGGAGGCACGUGGAGGCUCCUUGGUUCCGUUGUCUUCAUUCACAGACAGGAGCUGAUCACGACCCUCUACAUCGGGUUCCUCGGUCUCAUCUUCUCAUCGUACUUCGUGUACUUGGCGGAGAAGGAGGAAACGGGCGAGGGCGAAGGAGACUUUUCCAGUUACGCCGACGCCCUUUGGUGGGGUGUGAUCACCGUGACGACCAUAGGCUACGGUGACACAGUGCCAAGGACGUGGAUGGGGAAAAUCGUGGCAUCCUGCUUCAGUGUCUUUGCAAUCUCCUUCUUCGCCCUGCCUGCUGGCAUCCUCGGGUCCGGCUUCGCCCUCAAAGUACAGCAGAAGCAGCGUCAGAAACACUUCAACCGGCAGAUCCCAGCGGCGGCCAUGCUGAUCCAGUGCCUAUGGAGAUGCUACGCCGCCGACAAGCACUUCAAUUCCACCGCCACUUGGAAGAUACACUUGAAGGACCCCGCAGCUAACAACCACUCGCAGUCCACGCCGCUUAGCAAGAUGGCCAAGAGAGCAAGUGUCCUCAGAAGGCGAAAGUCCAAGAGCAAAAUGGACGUCUCUGCGCCCCCGGAGAACUCGGCCCGGAGAGACAGCGACGGCGACAUGGUCUUCUACGUGGAGGAGCCGAGAGCAGCAGGGACCCCCAACCGCAUCCGUCGCGAAGGGGUCUCUCGAGGGUCAGCGCUCCACAGCCAAGCCUCCUCCGUGACAGAAGUGGCUUCCGACGAAAUAGACAUCGACAACGACGAACCCUUAGGAUUCACCUCAUUAACCGAGGCUCACCGUAACGCCAUCCGAGCAAUUAGAAAAAUCAAGUAUUUCGUGGCGAGGAGGAAGUUCCAGCAAGCCAGGAAACCGUAUGAUGUGCGUGACGUCAUCGAGCAGUAUAGCCAAGGGCAUCUCAACAUGAUGGUCAGAAUCAAGGAACUCCAACGCCGCCUCGACCAGACCCUUGGGAAGCCUGGGAGUUACCUUGCGGGCAUCGACAAGUCAGGCAAUGUCAAACCCAUGACGAUUGGUGCAAGGCUCUACCGUGUGGAGCAACAGUUGCUUCUCCUGGACAAGAAGCUGGACCAGAUGCUGUUCGUGUGCAACGCUCUCUCCCAGAAAACCCAGUUACCUGAGAUACGCAACCCGGACGACCAUGUAUAGCGAUGCUAGUGUAGUCGUUUUCUUUUUGUUUUCUUUUUCGGUCUGUUUAUCUCAUUUGAUCUGUUGAUAUGUAUUUUCUUGGUUGUUUGUUUGUUUGGCAAGUUGAAAUAGCAUAUUUUCGUGAUAUAUCUCGCCAAGUUUUGCAGAACGAUAGCUUCCCAUGUCAUUGUUGUAUUGAAUUUGAUCAUUGUAUGGAAAACAAAGACAGACUUACGCACCGUCAUCUAACCUUGGAAACUGUACUAUCGUAAUAUGCAGGAUAAAGAUGUGUAUAUAUCUAUAUUUU